AUGAGUUUAACAGUACAGCAAAUAGAUCGACAAGUUGGCAUGCGUCGUGCGCAGUCAGUAAGUAUUUGUGACAAUACUCAGCGAGAUACACAAUCACGAAUAUCAUUGAAUCGUCCACCACCAAUAACAGCAACCAUAUCUCCCAGAACACUAGAGAUAACAACGAAUACUAAUUUUCAUCUAGAUUCGAAUGAAAGUUAG